AUGUUUGAAGGUCUUAUUGCAGAUUUUCUUACCAAAACUAUUGGAAAAUACAUUGAAGACCUAGAUGUAAAUUCAGUAAGUGUAUCACUUUGGAAUGGAAAUGUUCAGUUAAAGAAUCUUCAAGUAAAAAAAGAUGCAUGUUCUACAUUUAAUUUACCAGUUAUUAUUUCAAAAGGGAUUUUAAAAACAUUAGAAGUUGAAGUUCCUUGGAAAAGUAUUAAAACAGAUCCAUUUAAAAUUAAAAUUAAAGGACUUCAUAUAAUUUCACAACCACAAACAGUUUUUGUAUUUGAUGCAGAACAAUAUGAUUUAAAAAAGAAAGAACACAGAAAAGAAAUUAUUGAUAGGUUUGAAAUAAUUCAACAAAUUGCUGAAACAAAGGCAGGUGGAGAUGAGUCAGGGGUUUGGACAACUCUUGUAAAUAAAAUUAUAGAAAAUUUAGAAUUAGAAAUAGAGGAUAUAAACUUCAUUUAUAAAGGUGACGAAAAAGAAGGUAUUAUUGGGUUUCAUUUAAAUUCAAUUGUUGUAAAAAAUAGUAUGUCUAUUACAGAUACCAUUAACAAAAUAUGUCAACUUAAUAACCUUAGUAUUAUUUUAUACGAUGAAUUAAAUGAAAUGACUGAUAAAGAAUCUGAACAACAAAAUGAAAAAGGAUUAAAUUCAUUUGAAUUAAUGAAUAAAACAGUGUUAGCAACAAUUCCAUCUUUUCAGUUUAAUCUUUCUAUUGAAAAAACAAUGAGACACAAAGUUACUCUUGGAGGUGAAAUACAACAAAUCUUUUUUUCAUUGAACAAGAAACAAUAUAGUAAUGUAAUGCAUAUAGUAGAACGAAUGACUAAUUACACACAAACAAUUAAAUAUUUAUAUUGUCGUCCUACAGUUUCUGCAUUAGAACAACCUAAAAAAUGGUGGAAAUUUGCGUUUAUUGCCACUAGGGAUUAUCUAAGAGAAAGAGAAGAAGAGAAAAAUCCUAUUAGAUUUGACUUUUGUUCUACACAACGAGAAAGGUUUAUUGAAUUAUUUAAGAAAGUUAGAAAAAUUCCAUGGGUGGUACCAGCAACAAAUGAUGAAAUAGAAGAAUAUAAUUUAAUAGAAAAUCAAUUAAGAAGUCAAGAAAUUUGUUAUCUUAGACAAAUUGCUUAUAAAAUUGUUUCAGAAGAGAAAAAAAUAUAUGAAUCAACAAGAGGAUGGUUUGGAUUUGGAUAUCAAGUACCUGAAUUAAGUGAAGAAGCUAUUAAUCAAAUAUAUAAUGCUAUUGAUUAUAAACAUGAAGAUUAUUCAUUACCACCUGAAACAAUUGUAUUUGAGAUUAAAACAAUAAUACAAAAAAUACAAUUUAAAUUAAUUGAUGAAGAUAAAAUUGUUUGUAAAAUGAAAAUAGAGAAUAUGAAUAUUGGUUUUGAGGCUCGAGUAAUUGGACUAAAACUUAAACUUAGUUUUGACAAUGGAGAAGUGAAAGAAAAUAAAGUUGGUCUUGGUAAAAUUUGGACUAAGUUAUCAGACGAAAAAUCAUUUAAAAUGGAAUUUGAAGAAAGUCCUAUUGAUAAACAUUGUGAUGCAAUUGUUAGUAUAGACUGUGCUCCCUCUGUAAUUAAUUGUUCUAAAGGAUUUUUUGAUUCUUUAGUAGAUUUUUUAACAUUACCAUCAAACCUUAAUUUAAAUUAUGUUAAACAAUUUGCUGAAUAUCAAUUACAACAAUUAUAUUCUUCUGCUGCAAGUCAAAUAGAUAUAUUUGCUGAUGAACCACCUUUAUUAGAUAUUAGAAUUAAUUUAACUGCACCAAUAAUAUAUUUUUAUUAUGAUGGAAAAGAAAAAGGAAUGGAUAAUAAUAUUGCUUUAUUUCAACUAGGAAAUGUAAAAAUAACUAAUUUACAAAGAGAUGAGAAUUAUCAAAAUUACAAUAUUAGAAUAGAUGAUGUUUUAAUUAAAUUUUUAGAUUCUAUUCAAGACCAAUUCGAUUCUAAAAAAAAUAUUGUUGUUCAAAAAACAGGAGCUACUCUUCAAUUAUCAACACUUUAUUCUUCAGAACCAAUACCUAAAAUUAAAUUAGGAGUUAAUAUUGAUCCAUUUAUUGCUCAAUUAAGUAAAAGAAAGUAUGAUAAAAUUAUUGCUUAUAUUUAUCUUUUAUUAUCUUUCUUCCCAAGUGAUAAGGAAACUACUAUUAAUACAAAUCAAACUGAAGAUGUAGACGUUGUUUUAGUAAAAGAAUUAGUUAAAAAACAAUCUGAACUUUCAUAUUUUAUUGCUGAUAUUAAUAUUCCUUUAUUUCAUGUAUUAUUAUCUAGGAUGAAUGAUAUAACUGAAGAAUCAACAAUGACUUCUGUUAAAAUAGAACAAAGUAUAUUUGGAGUGAAUGUAACUCCAUCUGCAGUUACUAUUAAUAUUAGUCUAGGUCAGUUAAUAAUGGAUAAUGGCUAUAAUACAGAAAUACCUUAUUUAGUUACAUCUGAUAUACAAUCCAAAACAAUACAAAAACAUUUAAGAGAAGAAAUAGAAUCUCAAAUAGGAUUUAAACAACCAUUUUUACAAUGUAGUAUUAAAGUUAUUGAAAAUAAAGUUAGUGUUGAUGUUGCUAUUGAUACUUUUACUCUUAUUUAUGAACCUCAAAUAAUUAGUGAAAUUAUUAUUUUUUCUAUGUCAUUAACAAUGUUACCUGAAAGUGAUUCAACUACAAAUUAUAUCUAUAAUAUUAAUAUCAAUUUAUCUCAUUUCUAUACCAUUUUCCAAUCAGAAAUAGCAGUUUUAGCAAUAUGUUAUUUUGAUGGAUUAAAUGUUCAAUUAAAUAUGGAUAGUAAAAUAAUAGAUCUUACACUCAAAAUAAAUGAAAUAGACUUAAAAAAUACUUUAUAUGAAAAAGAAGAUCCAAGAUAUACUUCUAUUGUUUCAGCUGGUAGUCAAGUAUUUUUGUUACAUUAUACUAAUGGAACUGAAACAUCUGAUAUUUUAGAAUUAAAAAUUGGAGAAGUUAUUUGUAAUUAUGUCAUGGAUGAUUUUUUUAAGAUUAUUAAUGUAGUUUAUAAUGACCAAGUAAAGAAGGCUAUAGAUCUUACUUCUGUUCAAAAGAAAAUAGAAGAACAAUAUGAAUAUUUAAAGAAAACAGUUACUUCUUCAUUAUUAGACAUUAAAAAAGAACCAAGAAAAACUACUGAUAUUAAAAUUAAAGCACCUACAUUAAUAGCAUAUUUACCAAGUGGACAGGUAAUUGUUAGAAUAGGAGCCAUAAAUAUUGAAGAUGGAAAUAAUGGAUGGGAAAUAUUAUUUGAUAAAAUGAAAAUAACAACAAAUAUUAAUAGAAAGAAAGAUAGAUGUAUUAAUGAUUUUACUUUUUCAGUGAAUAUCCCAUUAGUAGAAAAAGGAAAACAACCUACUAUUAUAACUGAAUUUCCAUGUGCUGAUAUUGCACUAUCUCCAAAUCAAUUUAAAUUACUUCUUGAUUUUGUUAAAACAUUCUUUAGUUCAGAUCAAUCAAAUGAAGAAAGUCAAAAUAUUAAAAGAAUUGAAUUAUGUAAAUUACCUCCAAUAUCAAAAAAUAUUAAUUUGAGUAUAGGUAUUAGUAUUAAACAAUUUGAAAUAUCAAUUAAAGAAGACUGUGAUAUACCUAAUGGAGUAUCUAAAUUAUCAUUAAUUAAUUUUAUUGGAAAUGUUGAUUUAACUGAUAACUCAUAUGCGAUAUUUCAUUUUACAACAGAUAAUCUUAUGAUUAUUGAUACUAGAACGAAAGUAGAAAUGGAAGAAUAUAGAAAUAUAUUUAAGAAAUCUAAAAUUGAUAAAAUUCUUACUGUUGUUGGAAAUUAUUCUAUUCAGUAUGGAAAUAUCCAAAGUAACUUAGACAUUUAUUCUUCUUCAUUGAUUCUUACUCCUCAAUUUAUUACUAAAUUAAUUAAUAUAUUAAAUAUAAUGUUUGAUGGAAAUGACAUCAUCUUAGUAAAUCCAAAUGAUGUUUUACUUCAUCCUUCAACUAAAGUUGUUGUAAAUUGUAAAACAGAAGAAAGUAUUCAACAAUCUGAAAUUGAAGAAUCCACGAACGAUUUUCAGGAAAAUCAAUCAAUAAUUAAUAGUAAGCCAAAUAGUACUAUUUCAUCCCCUCAUAAAAAUACUGUUCCAGUAAAUUUAAAUAAUUCUAAUAAAUUAGAAUUAAUUAAUUCUCAGUAUAUCAAAGAAAAUCUUAUUCAUCUUGGAGAUGAUCAAGACCCAUUCAAAAAUACAUUUAUUAACAAAGGAUUAAAAAGAAAAAGUCAAACACCUUCAGAAAUAAUUAAAUAUUUAAAUGAGGCAUGUCCAAUGGAAAUGACUUUUGCUGAAGUAAUUCUUGUUUUAAAAGCAAAUUAUGAAUGGUCAUAUCCUCAAUAUGUCUGUGAGUAUAUAUGUGAAGAAUUAGUAAAGAUUGGUGUAUUAGUUCCCACUAUCCCUAUGGGUCGUCAUAUUCCUAAUAUUGAUUCUUCUAUUACUUAUGUCACUCGUAAUAUUCCAAAUAUUGAUACUUUUCAUAUAGACCUAACAAGUUUUCAACCUUGUAGACCUAUUUCAAGUGCAAUUUCUCCUGAUCAAAUUCAUGUUUUCACAGUAUCUUUACAUGAUACUGCUAUUAUUGCAGUACAGGAUGACUCUCCUGAUACUGCAUUAUUACAUGUAACUAUUGAUGCAACAGUUUGUCAUACAGUUACACAAUGUGGAAGUACAUCAUUAGCUGAACUUAAUAUAAUAGAUGUACGCUCAUGUUUUUCUCGAGGACAUCAUUUUGAUUUAAAAAAAGGAAUUCAAUUAAGUCAAGGUAUUUCAUUAUCAACAAGUAUUAUUAGAGAAGGAUGGGAUAAUUGGUUUGGAAUUAGAGGAAGUGUCACAGUCAAUAACGCUGAAUUAAUAACAACAUUUAGUGAUUGGAAAUUAAUAUUAUAUUUCAUAAAUUUAUUAGGGAAAUUUGGAGGAGAAACUAAUUAUGAAAUAGAUUCUGAAUGUUCUAUUAGAAUAGAUUUAAAUGGAUUUAAAUUAAUAGUUGGUAAUCCAUUAAGAAAAGAUCCAUUAUUUAGAAUGAAAAUACCAAGUGCAACUGUUGUUUAUAGAUCAAGAAAUGAUGAUUCAAUAUUACGAGUAUUAGGACAAAUUAAAGUAGAUGGAUAUAAUCCACAAACAAGAGAAUAUGAUGUAAUGCUUGAAAAAACAUUAAUGGAAUUUAGUAGAAGAUCAGUAGUAGAUUGUAUUCAAGGAAGUAUUGUGACUAGAGUCUUAACAAAUAUUGAUUUAGGAAAUAUUGAAUGUAUAUUAACUGUUGAUCUUAUGAAAGAAAUGAAACGAGUAUUUCAAACUGAUUUUUGGACACCAAAAGAAGAAAACCUUGAUUUUAUUCCAAUUCAAUUUAUUGAUGAAUAUUCUGCAUAUGAAAAAGAUAGUUUAAUGGUAUCUAUUACAAACUGUGGAGUAUUAAAAUUAAAUAAUAAAUUACAACAUUUUGAAAAUAUGACGUUAAAAAGAGAAUAUACAGAACUUAAGAAAUGUAUGGUUUUUACUCCAGAAGGAGAAGGAAUUGAAGUUCCAAUUAUUUGUGAAGGAGAAUAUGUACAUAAACUAAGAAGUGGUUAUUUAGUCAUUUCAGUAAUUAUUCAACAAGACUCUUCAAAAAUUAUUAAAUUUAGUUCAUUGUUAGCUAUUCAGAAUGACUUUGAAGAAGAAUUAUUCAUUUCUAUUCAAAUACCAAAUCCAAAUCCUAUAAAAAUUAAUAAUCUUAAAAAUAAUAAUCUUCAUGGACGUUUUGACACUCCAAGACAUAGACUAGGAAGUAAUAAUGUUUUAAAAGCUGGUCAUUCUACAAACAUAGAAACUAUUUCUCGUCCAAGACUCUUUAGUGCUUCAGAUAAAUCUUCAGAUAAAUUUACACAACAAAACAAUGAUGUUCCUCAAUUAAAAAAUUCAUUGAAUGUAGAAGAUAAUCAAGAUGAAGAUAGUCAAGAUGACAUACCUGAUUUUAUUGAGGUACAGGCUUCAAUACCAAGUAAAGGAAUUUUUUAUGUUCCACCUCAAUUCUUUAAUGGUCAAAUGUCAUUGUGUUCAUCAAGACUUUCUAAUUAUAAAAUGCCUUUAAAAGAUCUUAUGACUGAAAAAUAUGUAGAAGUAAAUUCAAGUAAAUGUAUUUUAACUCGAAUUAGUACAAGAGAAAUUGUGGGGUUUGUUCAAACAACUAUUUCUCUUGCUCCAUCUUUAAUUGUUACUAAUCUUCUUCCAAUGCCAUUUUCAUUAAAAACUCCAACAAGUGUAUUUCCAGUUCGAUCACUUAGUUCUAUAUCAACAUUUAUCAAUCCAGACUCACCAGUAUUUAUUACUAUAGCUGGAUAUAAUGAAACAUUAAUUCCAAAAAGUGGAGAACUAAAAAUAUUUGGCAAAUGUAAAGGAUAUAAUAGUAUUAGAUAUUUCUGGGAUUUAGGGACAUUAAGAAUUGAUGCUGAAGAAUGGGUGUUUAAUCGAUCAUUUAUUCCAUUAAAAUUUUCUUUAGAUAAAAAGAAUUAUAUUGGUGGAAAAAUUGGUUUAAGAAAUAAUUCACAACCUUUACCAAUUACUCGAUUCUCUAAGCCUUUGUAUAUUGGUACUGGAAGCUCUUGGUCAAGGGCAUUAUUAUUAGAAAAAGCAGAAGAAGUUAUUCGUAUAAUAGAAAAUGGAAUUACUUAUGACCUUGUUGUAAGUAUUAGUAUUAUUGAUGGUAUAGCACGACAAAUUACUAUAAGACCUGCAUUUAUGGCAGUAAAUGAUUUGGGGUGUGAAUUAUAUUGUUCUGUUGGAUCAAAUUAUAAAGACGUUAUAAUUAUUCCACCAAAAGGUUCUAUCCCAGUUUAUGGGAGUUUUUCUAUAUCUUCUUCUAUUAAUGUUUCUAUUCGAUGCAAAGGUCCUUGGUGUCGUGUUCCUAUUGAUAAAGAUACACAUUUUCAAUUAUUAUUAUUAAACAAAGAAAAUGGAUCAAUAGAAGAAGGACAAGCCACAACUAUUUCAAUACAUUAUCAACAAUCAGUUAUUAUUCAUUUCCAAGAAAUACAAGAAACAAGUAAAUAUGUUAUAGAAAAUGAUACUGAUUAUUCUAUAAUUUUUAAACACAUUCAUUCAGAUGAACAAACUCAAAUAGAACCAAGAAAAUCACAGCCUGUUGUAUUUCCUAAUACCUCACAUAUUUCUACUAUUCAAAUUAAAUCUGAAUUUUCUAUUAAUGAGUUUGUUACUUAUUCAUUAGAUAAUCCAGAAGUAUAUGAAGCUAAAGCAGGAAUACAUGGAAUUGUUUAUCCAUAUACAUGGAUAUUUAAUGGUGUAAAUAAACUAGUUUUUACAGACAAAUGGGAAAAAAUGAAAGGAGAUGUUGGUGGAUUAAUUGGAAAAGAAAAAAUGAAUACGACUGAAUUUAAUAUAACAAUUAAUAAAUUAGGAAUUGAUUUAAUUGAUGAGGAUAGAGAAGAAUUAGCCUAUAUCUCAUUAAAAGAUAUCACAUAUAAUAAACAAAGUACAUUAUUUAAAAAUAAACACAGACUUUUUAUUGGACCAAUACAAGUUGAUUCUAAUGCAAGAGAUUGUUCUGUUGCUGUUCCUUUUGCAAGUAAAGGAAUUAAUAUUUGUGUUGAUAUUGUUUCUCAACAAAAUAAUACUUAUAAACAUAUUCCUCAUUGUUUUAUUCAAUUUCAGAAUAUGUUUAUUUCUUUGGAAACACCAUUCUUAAAUAGAAUUAUUCAUUUAAUUAGACUAUUUAGUAAUCCAAAAGAUAAUAAAUCACUUCAAAUUGAAAUACCUAAGUUAUAUAUUGAACCUAUCCCAUAUUCUAAUUCUCAAACUAUAACUUUUGAAACAUUACAAAUAUCACCUGUUGAUAUUAUAUUAAAUACUAUGUUAUCAUCUUCUUCAUUAUUAAACAUUGGUUAUAAUUCAUUUACAGCUCCAUUAUUAAUGAUAGGUAAUUCUUUAUUAACUAUCAAAUCUGCAAGAAUUCAUUUAAAUGACUUCAUAAGCAAUAAAUUAUCAGCAACACCAGAACGUCUUAGUUUAUUUUUUAUUGAUUUUUAUCGUUCUCAAGCAAUCCAACAACUAUUACUUGCUGUUAGUUCAAUGGAAUUUAUUGGAGCACCAGGGGUAUUAGUUCAUUCUGUUUAUGAUGGAAUAACUGAUUUUAUAACAAUUCCUCAAAAAGAAAAGCGUUCAGGAAAUGGAAUUGCUACUGGGUUAGCUAAAGGAACAGAAUCAUUAUUACUACAUUCUAUUCAUGGCAUAUCUUCUACUGCUGCAUCUAUUUCAAAUACCUUUGGAAACCUAACUGCAUCACUAACAUUUGACGAAGAUUAUAUUAAAGAAAGAGAAAGAAAGAAAAAACCUUUUUCUGCAUCAGAAGGUAUGUCUCAAGGAUUAGGAUGUGUUGUCAAUGGAAUAGUUGAUGGAGUAAAAGGAGUUAUUACACAACCAAUUAAAGGAGCACAAACAAAAGGAGUUAGUGGAUUUGUUGGAGGAGUAGGAAAAGGAUUAAUUGGAGUUGUACUAAAACCAACUGGAGGAGUAGUUGAUUUUGUAUCAAAAAUGACUGAAGGAAUUGCAGAAGAAUCAGGAGAUAUAAUUCCUCGUUCAAGAAUUCCAAGAGUUGGAAAUAAAAGAAGACGUAUUAUGAGUUAUAAUGAAGAAGAAGCUAAAAUUGCAUGGAUUCUUCAAAGAAAAGGAUUAGGGGAUUUUGUUAUUUAUGUUACAAUUGAUGAUAUUUGGGUUGUUUUAACUGAGACUUCAUUUGUUAUGAUGAAAGAGAGCGGUGUUAUGGUAUCUCGACUAUUCCAGGAUCUUUCUAUUAAAGUUGGACCUAAAACAGUGACAUUUUUUCAUUUUGGACAUCAGCUAUUAACAGUAAGUUAUAGACAAGGAAAGCAUAUGCGCAAUUUCAUAAGAACAUCACAACAGUUUAUCAAACAAACCAAUGACUAA